AUGACGAUGCUGCUGGACGAGCAGCUGCACUCGCUCAAGACAAAGGUCAACCUCGGCUGUGACUUUUACGUCGAUGCGAGCAUGCGUGUGACACCUCUCGCCCUUGAGACUCCCGCGGUAGGCUCCUGUGAGAGCCCCUUCUUCGCCACGUGCGCCUCUACGCCCCUCAAGACCCUCGCCUCGAGAUUCGGAUGUCGCGCCAACGAGAGCUGCGAGAGGCGCCACGCUCCCUCCGCCCGCUGCUCCCUCCUCUCUGGGCAGAUGACGCUGGAGGAGGCCGUCCGGUUCAGCAGCGCGCGCGAGGCGCGGCUGAGCGCGGCGGCGGACGAGCUGACUGACCGUGCGGCGAGGCUAAAGGCGAAGAUCAAGCUCGUCAUCGGCGCGAUCGACGAGGUGCAGCGGGGCGGCGCGCCGACGUAG